AGAGAAUGCAGUCGUGGAUGCUCUGAAAUCAGUCCUCUCCCCCGAUGCCGAGGUCCGACAUUUCGCUGAGCGGCAGCUCGAAGGCCUCUCCCUUCGUCCAGACUGCGGGCUCAUACUCUCUCAUGUGAUGCUCAAUUCCUCCCUUGAUCCCAUCCAGCGUCAGUCCGCCGGUCUGUUGCUUCAGCAAUACAUAAAUGUUCAUUGGUCUGACGCUGCGGACAAGUUCAAGCCCCCACUGGUGCCCCCUGAGAUCAAAUUACAACUUCGACCUUCCAUCCUCCACAUACUCUCCGAACCUCACCGGAAGAUACGUUCGGCAGGGGCAUUCGCAGCAGCCGCAAUAGCCAAGUUGGACUGGCCAGAAGAAUGGCCAGAGUUGGUGCCCAGCCUGUCCGAGCUGCUUCAAUCUGACAAUGUCGAUGCUUGCCAAGGAGCCAUGUCCAUGCUCACCGAGUUUUUGGACGAAGGCAUGAGUGAAGAUCAACUACAGCCAGUCAUACAGUCCUUGGCUCCUCCCAUGCUUGCUAUCUUACAAAAGAAAGAGAUGCACUCUCCCUUCACCCGAGCACAAACUGUCGACGUCUUCCGGGAGAUUGUUGCGACAUUCCAUGGGUCAAAUAACAAGCGCAGUGAUCUGCAACAGGCUGCAAUGGGAUUCAUCGGUUCAUGGACGAGUGCAUUUGAGGAGUUGCUUGCUGCCGAUGCUGCUACCGAGGUCGCCCGUGAUUGGGAUGAGAUACUUGUUCGCAAGCAGAUCAUCGAGGCAUAUUCUCUCUUACAAACUCGCAAAACUACGACGGAUUUUCCACGCCACACUCACCUUGUUGUCUCAAAUUUGAUCUCUCUGAUACCUGCGUAUCAGAUCUACUACGUCGCUUCGUCAUCAUCUGGACGAGAACCGCCAUCAACAACUUCCCGUGCCCAUUCCAAGGACCCCGCAAGCAGUCUUGUCGAAUUGGCAUGUGCCGCGUUCGAUUUUCUUGAACCUGCCGUUAGGUCGCCGAAGGUCAGGGAAGCCUUACUUGAGGGACCACGCGGAGGAGAAACACCGACCAUGUUGAUGAGAGCUUUGAUGGAGAGCGUUGAAACAUGGCUUGAUGAUCCCAAUGCGUUCUUGAUCGACGACGAUGAAUCGUCAGGCAAUUACAAUGCUCGGAUAUGUGGUCACGAUGUCAUCGGUUCUCUGAUAGAUAAGUACCCAACACCUGUCGUGCACCUGUUGCAAGAGAUGUGUGUGAGUGUGAUACAGGAUUGUUCAAAGAAGCGACAGGAACGAGAUCCUGAUUGGUGGCAACGUUUAGAAGCCCUCUUCGCUAUGCUUUGUGGUAUCUCGAGUGACCUUCGAACACAGGCGGAAGCAGACAUAAAUGCAGGUCGCUCCCCGAAAUUGGAUUAUAACGCGAUGUUCACCCUGAUCUUACCCAGUGCUUUAAAUUACAAUGAUGUGCCAUUUUUACAAGCCCGGGCGUUUCAAUUCGUCUCCUUGUUCGCCCAACUCCUCUCCGAGGAUCUGUGUAGACAGUACCUUGUCGUGGCUGUAUCGGCUCUGCAGUCUCCUGAUCAUUCUACGACAGUCAAGCUUGCCGCUGUGCGAGCGAUACGAAACUUUUGUCGGUUCGUUGAUGUCUCCUUCAUUCGCGUUCACUCUCGGGCCAUGCUCGACUAUUUAGUUGGAAUAUUACCUCAUGCGACUAAAGAGACGUUGUACCUCACAUUGGAGACGAUCGAGGCAUUGUUGGUCUUGGAUACAGAGCUUUUGACAGUCGAAACUGCUUUCAUGAUCGCGAAAAGUUUACACGAUGUCUGGUUCACGAAUUACGAAGAUCCAGUAACGACUGGAAGUAUAGAAGACUUAUUGGACGUUUUGGUAGAUACUUCCCCACCCAUUACUCGGAUAGUCGUCAUGACCCUUGGACCGAACCUGUCAAAAGCUAUCUUGACAGUGGAUGACAAAUCGAAUCAUCUUCCUUGUGAAGCGAUACAAUUGGCAAAUCGAUUAGUACGAACAAGAGAUGGUCCGUUAGAAUCUGAGUUGAUCGAUACUGUCACAUGGGCCAUAAUGAACUUUUUGAGAGUUUCUGAAGAUUCGGAUGCUAUACAAGUCAAUCAUCGUUUUCGCCUCUUGAUCAAAAUGGCUGACGAACAGUAUGUCGAUGGGAUACAUUACAUAUAUGGUCUACUUGAUCGAUUUCUGGCUCCGACAUUCCCAGAAGAUGGUGCUAUAGCUGUGGGCGGAUUAGUGAUGCACUUACUUCGGAAAGCACCUGGUCCGAUCCAACCCGUAUUGUUAGACAUCUUACAAGCUUUAGUGAAUCGAUUAGUCACUGCGCAACUUCCCUCUCUCAUUCAGAGUUUGGUAUUGCCAUUCGCAUAUCUCUUUGUAGAACAUACAGAAGAGAUUUUAGAAUUGUUGUCGAAAUUGGACGCACGGAUGCCAGAUGGGUCAACGACACUAGCUCUGCCGGUUGUGUUGAAUCAAUGGUGCGAGAUGAGCGAUACGAUCAGUGGAUCGUGGAAUAUCCGCGUGAGCGAUUUAGGUUUGGCAAGAUUGUUCAUGGCCCCUGUGCCUUUGUUACAACAGAUCCAGGUGAAGGGAGAUAUGAUCAUUACUCAGACGAAUAGCAAAGAGUAUAUGACACGGUCUAAAACGAAGGCUAAUCCGAUCCAACAUACGAUGAUACCAUUUCCAGUCAAAGUUCUCAAAUUGUUAUUGCAUGAAGUGGAAGACGUAGGACAUGAAAAACGAUUGAGCGGGCUAGCAGAUGUAGUAGAAGAGGAUGAUGGGGACGCGGAUUGGUCAGACGACGAUCCGCUCGGUGGAUCUGAUCAAGGAACACAACUGGCAGCUUUACAAGGAUUACCGGAUGUAUCGGACGAACAGGAUGAUGAUGAUGAUUUGAAAUCGGAUCCUAUUUCACAAAUUGAUCUUCCCGUACACCUCAUCAGCGUCCUCCGUCAAGCUUACACUACCAACUCCAACGGUAUUCACCAAAUGAUCCCUCUCUUGACUCCAGAAGAAAAAUCAAAUCUCCGUAGAGUCCUAAGCGCCUAA